GGAAACAUACACACACAAUGAAUCUAAUCAACAAAAGAGAUUAGUUGAUACAUUCUUUGCAUCAUAUCAUAAGGUUUUUUUAGAAAGUUAUCAAUUCAGUUCUGUUUGGUUGCUCAACGAGGAAAGACACACACACAAUGAAUCUACUCAACUUGGAUGAAUUGCUACUAAUAGCUCAAAGAACAUUGGAGCAGAAGGAUGUAUUAAUUUUGGAUAGCCAAUUAAAUCGCGGUUCCAAUGAUCUACUGGGCUAUAUGGGAGAGUAUUACAAGCUCAAUUUGAAUGUGCAAACACGUGGAGAUGCCAUACGAAACUAUAAUUUGAUAUAUUUUGUGAAAAGUUUGCCCUAUCAGAAUGAACCGCAAAAGGCUGAAUGCGAGCGUAAAGGAGUUUUUCCCAAAGAGUCACUUAUUUAUGCCAAAAUAUUGCCAAAUAUUCAGAAAUAUGGCACUAAGAAGCUGUUUCCCAAAUGCUAUUACUGUCGCCAGGAUGUCAUAGUCCUGGAGGAUCUUGGGCAAAAUUAUAGACAUCUCAAUGCAUCAACGGAUAGUGAUUCCUUAGAUUGUUGCAAGUUAAUCCUUGAGCAUUUGAGUGAACUGCACGCUUGCAGCAUAGCCUGGGAGGAGAAGGAAAAUAUCAGCAUUGAUCAGCUUUAUGGAGAAGAUCUAAACGAAUUGUUAUUGAGCAGGGAUAACAGUUGGUUCAUGACUGGCUUAAAGGGCAUCAUUUUCUUGGCUCAAAGGCAUCCGGAUUAUCAAGAUGAAUGGUCACAGAAGUUCAUCAAAGAGAAACUCUAUGAUAUAUUAUUGAAAACGGAAGAGUUUGCGAAACCAUCAAAAUAUCUGCGUAAUUCCUUUUGCCAUCGAGAUGCCUGGCAGAGGAAUAUCUUCUUUAAAUUCCCAUCGACAGAAGAUCAGACAUCACCCUCAUCAUGCUGUUUAGUUGAUUUUCAAUUGGCUAAAUAUUGUUCGCCAUGUUUGGAUGUUUUAUUUGUACUCUAUAUGGUCGUGUCGGCAGAGCAAAGAAAAGAUGUAAAUGAAGAUUGCCUGGAGCACUAUUUCAAUUCACUACAAUCUCAUUUCCAACGACUUGGCCUGCCACGUGACCUUGUCACUAGGCAGCGAUUUCUCGACGAGUGCGAACAGAUGCGUCUGGCUGGUUUAUUGAUGUGGGCUCUGGGCGAACCACAGACAAGAAUUAAGCCUCAACUAUCAAAUCGUUUGCGUGCCGAAGAUCCCGAAAGAUUUGAUUACUAUCUGAAUGAAGAUCGUAGUGGCUUAUAUCUGAAAGUCAUAAAGGAGCAACCUGGCUACGAGCAAAUAAUUAUGACACCCAUUAAAGAGCUUCUGGAAUACAUUCUCAAAACUAAACAAUCAGAGAUAAUGCCAUAGAUAAGAUAUAAACUUACAGCGUGAAAAAUAAAUUCAUGCCUUCUAAUCAGUCAUCAUGGAGCUUUUAAGCAUUGAAGAAGUUCAAAAAAUCAUACAAAAUUCAAUAAAAAAGAAUUUGCCAAUCUAUAAAAUUGUAUUGACAAAAUUAACUGGGAUCAUGGGAUUCAUGGGCGAAUUUUACAAUCUAAAAGUCUAUGUGAAAAUGAAAUUUUAUCAAUAUUUUGUCAAGUCAGUGCCAAAGAGAAAUCCUCAGGAUAAAGAGGAAAACCCACAAAAAGCAUUGCGCAAAGAGAAGGAAAUCUUUACAAACAUUUUGCCAAAUCUAAACAAAUAUGCCCAUGCAAAGUUAUUUCCGGAUUGUUAUUAUGCUCGCCAAGAUCUCUUAGUUUUGGAAGAUCUCUCAAACAACUGGCAACAGAUCUGUCCCAAUGAAUUAAGAAAUAUAAAGACAAUUAAGUUAAUACUAAAAAAUCUGGCCAAAUUACAUGCUGGCAGCAUUGCCUGGGAACGAGCUGAGGGCUUUUCCAUAGGUGAAAGAUACAAAGAUCAUUUAUUUGAGGUAUUACUUACUCAGAGAAGUGAAUGGUUUGUAGCUGGUGUCAAGGGCAUUGUUCAUUUGGCAAAAAAGCUUAACCAAUUUGAUCAAAGUUUUGUUUCUGAGAAACUUCUUGGAUUACUUAUGAAAUCUGAAAGGUUGGUUCAGCCUUCUGGACAACUGAGAAAUGUCUUUUGCCAUCGUGAUACUUCAGUUUCUAAUAUAUUUAUAAAUUCGACCUCACAAUCAGUUUGUUUUGUGGAUUUGGGUCUAGCGACCUAUUGUCCGCCAGCAAUUGAUAUACAUUUCCUAUUGUAUAUCAGUUCGCCAAGGGAAAUUCGUCAAGAGUUCUAUAAGGAAUUUAUAGAGUAUUAUUUCGUGGCCUUGCAAGAAGAGUUUGUAAAUUUGCAUAUUCAUCGGGAUGAGAUUACUAGGUCGGAUUUCCAGUUGGAUUAUCAACGUGCUCGUUUAACCGCUUUAAUUAUCAGCGGUUUGUGUUUGCCUUUAUUUAAAAUUUCCAUCGAUUUGAUAGACAAAUUGCGAAAAGAAAACGUGGAAAGAUAUAAUUAUUGGAUGUAUGUCGAUAGGAGUGAGCUCUUCGAUAUAGCCAUGGAACAUGAUCAUAUAUAUAGAGAUGAUGUAUACGAAAUUAUAAAUGAAUUAUUGGUCUACAUAAAGGAUAAUGAAAUUGUAUUUGAAUAAAUUGGACUUUUUUUUUGUUUUUCA